AUGUCAUCAUCCGAAACAAGACUUCGUAUCGUUAAGCUUGAUGAAGACAAUUAUCCCGAAUGGAAAGGAGACAUCACCGGAGCGCUCAUGUCUGCCACGUUAGACGAGUUCAUCGACUCCAAUGCAACUCCUGUACCAGAACCACAGGAACAACCCGUACCUCGUGAACAAAAAGUUCUCUAUGAAGCUUACGUCAUUCGACAACGAAAGGCGGCGGGUAUCAUGUACUCUCACAUGAGUCAACAAUAUAGAAUCAUGGUUGAAUCUGAAGGAUUCAUCAACAAACCAUUGGACAUUUGGAAUUUAAUGAAAGAAAAGUUUCAAUCAACAACCUCCAGCAGCAAAGGAAGAGCCUAUUCAGCCUUUAAUCAAAUUGUUUACACUACUCUAUCUCAAUACAUCAAAGAUGUCAGAUCAAACUUGGCUGUAAUGCACGCUGUCGGAAUCAAUUUCACUGACAAAAUUCAUGAAUGCAUUUCCGAGACUAUUGUUUCCAAAUUACCCAAUUCAAUGGAAACUACUUUGGCUAUCCUCGAAACGGAACGUCCUUUGAAGACCAAAACUGUUUUUGAUGUACUUGAAGCUCAUCUUAUCAAAUACAACAAACGACAUAGAGCUGACAACAACUCUAUUGCAUUAGCGGCGAUCAACAAUCGACCACCCGCUCAUCGUUCAGGACACCGUUAUCCUUAUCCAACGUGCUCUAAUGGACGUCAUAAUCCAGCAGUUAAAGGUCAUGUACCUGAUAAAUGCUGGAUUGCUUUUCCUCACUUGCGACCAGCAAAUCUUCCUGUUUCACUGCCUUCGAAACCUCGAUACGCUCAAGGUGUUCAGCGACUUCGAUUCAAGGAUGAUGAAGCGUUUCAUUUUUUCAUCCACAACGAAGCGGUGUAA